GAUGGUCAGGAUAGUUAGGAUUUAUCGCUCCGGUCUUAGUGUAGCCUACACACGACAGUAUUAUAAUAGUAUAACAGUUUGCUUGCAGGUGUUAUUGGCAGUGUUAUUUAAUUCAACCUGUAGCUUUCAGCGGAGACUGUGCACUUUAACAGAGGAGCUGCGCUCUCUGGAGGAGGCUCAAGACUCAACAAGGUGUAAAUCUGUGCAGUGAAUCCACCUUAUCCACAUGGCAGAGCCCAACUUCCCCCCGCUGCCGGGAUUCAUCCCAAUCAAGCCGUGCUUCUACCAGGACUUUGAUGAGAUCCCUGAACAGCACCGCAGCAUGUGCAAGAAAAUGUACCACCUGUGGAUGUUGAAUACUGCUACUCUUGUGGUGAAUCUCAUCGGCUGCUUUGCCUGGAUGUUUGCUGGAGGUGGCGUCACCAACUUUGGACUGGCCAUCAUCUGGCUCAUCAUGUUCACUCCCUGCUCUUAUGUCUGCUGGUUCAGGGCCAUCUACAAGGCCUUCAAGACUGACAGCUCCUUCAACUUCAUGCAGUUCUUUUUUGUGUUCAUGGCUCAAGUUGGCAUCAGCAUCAUCCAAUGCAUAGGCAUCCCUGGAUGGGGAGUGUGCGGUUGGUUGGCCACCAUCUCCUACUUCAGCUAUAAUAUUUUGGUUGCGCUCAUCAUGUUGGUCCCUACUAUCAUGUUCACUGCAGUGGCCUCACUGUCCUUCAUCGCCCUCACCAGGAUCCAUAAUUACUACCGUGGCAGUGGGGCCAGCAUGUCCAAAGCUCAGGAGGAAUGGGCCACAGGAGCCUGGAAGAACCCUCAUGUCCAGGCAGCGGCCCAGCAGGCAGCCAUGGGUGCAGCUGCUGGAGCCAUGCAGGAUCAGUACUCCAGCCCGCAAUAUAACGACAACCAGAUGUAGCCUCUUUAAGACAGAGGUGUCGAAGAGAUGAUGUGACAGUUAUGCCAAAGUCUGAGCAACAGGAUUAGGAAGAUUUCACCAUUUCCCACAAUAUUUUUAUUAUCAAGUAAAAAAACUGUUCAUAUUUGAACAUAUCCAGUUGUUACAUUUAGAACAAAUCACUAAUUCGGCUGAAUUGUCAGUGAUUUUAAGAAAUUUUACAGCUCUGAUAAUCUGUGGGAAGCUGGUUUUUGCCUUCCUGUAUUAAAGGGCAUGCUGAUUGUUUGUAGUGUUUUAUAUAAUUUCAUAUGUUUUUUUCUGUUUUGGAGGUUUAAAUGAAACUAGUUUUGAAUGUGUAUUUUACUUUAGUGGCUCCAUGAGAGCUGUGUGCUGAUGUACUCGUGUUGACCUGCAGUUUUAGCAAUUUUUACGAGAGAGCAAAAGAUCAUUUUUGAUGUACAAUAACUUAUUUUGUGAUGAAGAUUUAGUAGUUUAGUAUUAUCUUAUUUAUUAACCAAUGUACUGUUAGAAUGAUAAACUGUUCAGGAUGUAAAGUUACUUUAGUUUUUCUGGUAUCUUAAAUCCAAAGGUGAACCAAAGAUCCGAUGUAAUGUAACUUUCAUUUAACUCAUGCUACUUUAUGUGACCUCAACAUAAUUUGAUCAUAUUUCUAUGCAGUUUUUCAGUGGUUGCACUGUGAUUUGAAAGAGAAUGUUGUAAUGUUGAAAUGAAAUCUGUCUGUACACAAUAAGUAACAGUAUUAUUGCAAGACUCUUUGAUAUACUUGAAGCUCCCUGUUGACGCGUCUCCCUUACACUGAAAACAUCAGAUUUACAUCACAGUGUUAAUGUGUCCAUGUAAACUAAGCAAAAAACAAGUGAAAUAUCUGGAUGUCAAUUUAAGCCAGCUUUUCUCCUGCAGUGCAGCAAUUCAGCCACAGAGAGGCGCUGAUGGUUUUAGUAUGAAAUAAAAAGCUCCAACAUGUACAG